AUGAUUUGUGAUGUCAAUGUCUUAUGGCCGCAGGAGGACUACGGCUCGUCUGUGACGGCGUCGCAGCUCUCUGAGCUGAAAAAUAGACUGGCGGUGCUAGAAGAACUGGGAUACACCCAUGUUGCGCUCAAUUUUCGUAUACGACAAGGCCAACGACUCCCAGCACAGGUAAACCCCAUCGAUUUGUCAUCUUUUUCCGAGUUUAAAGAUCGACUCAAGCUUUUUACCCGGGUCACUCUAAUCGUGGAAGAUGCGUCGCAAAUGCAGACAGUGGCAAAGCUCCAAAAUGCCUUUGAUCUUGUGGCUGUUGAGCCGCGUACAGAAAAGGCUUUGACAUCCUGUAUAGUUAAUAUGGAGGUGGACCUUAUCUCGUUAGACAUGGCCAACAGACUUCCGUGCUAUUUGAAGCACAAGACUAUAUGUUCUGCUACAGAAAAGGGUGUUUAUUUUGAGAUCAAAUAUUCAGAUUUGGUCGACACUAGCUCAAGCACACGGGCCACAGCCAUCUCAAACAUAAAACAACUGUUUAGGGCUUCGCGGUUGCGAGGUCUUGUUUGUUCGAGCGGUGCCAAAAGCGCAAAAAGCCUACGCAAUUAUAGCGACGUGGCCAACAUGCUGGUUCUAUUCGGGUUGGACCACAAUCGCAGUCAACAGGUAUUCAAAGAUUGGCCAUUAAAAGCACUGCUUGCUGGGAGACUCAGAAUCAAGUCGUACAAGCAGGUGGUGGCCAUUAGCGGAGACGAGAACUUGAUAGAUAACUCUUUGGAGGGGAAGAACAAACAGGACGCAACACCAUAUAGACAUCCGAAAAGAAGAAAGGAGGACAAGCAGUCCACGAUGUGA